CGGCCAACGUGGACGUAAAGUAAACAAACACAAAGUGAGACGUAUGUUUUCGUAACACCGACAAAAAACGCUUAAUUUAACCUAAUCGAUAAGUGGAAUAUGUAAAAGAGCAUAUACCACGUUUAAAAGGAAGUGUAAUUUCUUGAGAAAGCAGCUAAGAUUUCGUAUUAUUAGCGUUUUUGUUUUGUUUUGCAAGGAAAUACUAGCUCAGAUUCACAGGUGCGAUGGAGCAGAAACUUGCGGAGUUCAGAGCCCGAAGACAAGCCGCACAAUCCGCCCAAAAAGACCAACAUGUCCCCCAGGAGCCAGAGGAAACAGCUGAUCAGUCUCCGGAGGAAAAGACAGAGACGAAGGCGACAGAAGUCAAAUCUCCUGCAACACAAAGCGAAACAAAACAGGACAAAAGUGACUGGCUGCUGGACACUGCAGUGGGGCGAUGGCUGAGCUCCAGACUGGCCUUUACAAACCUGACGCUGCUCAAACUUCUCCUGUGGUUGGUUCUGCUUGGUCUGUUUGCUGAGCUGGAGUUUGGCUUGCCCUUCUUCGUCAUCUCUCUUUUUUACUGGAUUUAUGAAGGACUGAGGAGCCCGGGGGCACGGCAGCCCGGAGAACUUAGUGCUUAUUCUGUCUUUAACCCAGACUGUCAGCCGCUGCUAGGCUCCCUCACGGCAGAGCAACUGGAAGGAGAGAUGGGAUACAGACCACUGGCAAAUAGAUGAAUAACUUUAAUACAGUCUUUUAGAUUAUGAUAUUUGGGUUGCUGUUGAUAUUUAUUAAAGAACAACAGUAGUGCAGUCAGCUAAACCUUUGCCCACUAACCAGAGUGCAUCCCUGCUGUUGUUGUGUCGCAGGGCAAGACGCUAAACUCUCACUGCCAACUCUAGUGGCUGGUUUCAGGGGUGGAGUUGAUGUAAAUAUCUUACAAAUAAAUACUGCAAAGUGCUUUUAA